AUGGGAAUUCUUUCAAGGAGUAAUGGAUAUGUUGAUGAAUCUGUUCAAAAGGCUGGAAUCCCUGGAUGCAUUGAACACUGUUUUUUGAUUUGGAAAACGAUCCAGGAUGCCAAACAGAACAAGAGAAGUCUGAACAUGGUAUGGCUUGACCUAGCUAAUGCAUAUGGCUCAGUGCCACACGAAUUACUGAUGAGAGCCAUGGACCACUUCCACAUUCCAGACAAAGUAACCAAAAUAAUGAGGCUGUAUUAUGAUAGUUUUGAGAUGAGGUUUACAGCUGGAGAUUUUACAACAGAUUGGCACCAAUUGGAGAUUGGCAUUGCUGCUGGCUGUACAAUAUGUCACAUGGUUUAUCUUAAUCAUGGAGAUGAUUUUGAAAGUCAUGGAUUUUUCGGAAUAAAUCACUCAUGUACAAUCGCCUAA